AUGGCAUUAUACGAUUCGGAUUCAGAUUCAGACUCUUUUCAUAGUGUAUCUGAAGGCGAAUACUCAGAUGAUGAUAAGAAGCAGAAGGCUUUUGCUGCCAGCGAAGAUGGCCUCGACGCAGAAGACAAUCAACAGCCGAAUAGUGAAGCGGAUAAGCGGCAGUGUCAGGUAAAGGCUGAUAAAGAGUCGACGGAAAGCUUUGGUGGAUUAAGAGAGUGCACAAAUAAUGAAUCAGAAGAACAAGAGUGUGAAAAAAGUGAUACUUCAAGGGUGAGUAAUACUGUAAUCGAAUCAUUCGUAUCACUGGAAGCAAAACAAUCGCGAACUUCGGAAACUGAAAGUAAUUUCGCAAAAUUGAAUGAUUCGGUGGUUUUGAACACCAAGUCAUCAACGUCAGCUGGUAACGUCAACAGCGAUUAUGAAAUUAUCGAGAAAAAACCUCACAAAGCCACUAAAGAACGAUGUAACGAUGAUGAAUGUGAUAGUCCCGUGAGAACGACUGAUAAGCAUGAAACUAACCAGUCAGAGGCAUCUUAUGAAGGAUCGUCAGCGCAGCAGCCAGAUUCAAAAUCAACAAAAAGUGACGGUUGGGGUGGGUGGGAUGAUGAACGGCAUUCAGAGCAUGACGUGAAUGUUGAUGAAGAAGACGCAUCUGGUUGGGAGCGAUGGGAGACUGAUGAUUUCGAAGUGGAUCCUAAUCGGAUGGAAUCCAAGUCUCAAAGUAAAUCUCUUACGGAAUCAACCGAAAGUAAAACUGACGUGGAACAGGAACACUCGGAGGCAGAAAAAGCCAACCCAGAAUGUGGCAAGAACAAUGCUGAUCAGAAUGCUGAGAAACGAGGUGAAUCUGGUAAUGAGAUGAACAAAUCGUCAUCUCUAUGGUCUUGGACGGAUAUUGUCGGAGCUGUUGCUGCAGUUGGUGAGGGUAUUUCAAGCGCGGUUGAAUCAGGUCUUGGUCUUCCGUCACCUGAAGAGAUGGUUAAACUUCAACACGAGACAGCCGAACAUUCAGAAGAGAAUGAUGAGAAGAAGGAAACCGAGGGGAAGGGUGCGGCAUCUCACGGUUCAUUUGGUGGUUUUGUAACGGGUAUUGGGAGUAAUCUUGUAAGUGGUUCAUUAAAUGUACUCGAAUCACUCGGAAAAACGACGUUCGAGAAGCUGACAGUUCAAGAUGAGGGCUCGAAGCGACGACGUUUAAUAUUCGAGCACGAUGCCGGUCAAAAUCUGUCAGAUGUACUGAAAGAAUUGCGUGAUUCUCAGCGAAAUGAGCAGCAAUCCACAUCAGAUAUUUGGUCAGAUCAAUCGGAUCGUGAAAUCAAAUUCAUUGAUCUGUUCGAAAAAUAUGGUGGAUUGGUUCAUCUGGAAGGUCUUGAAAUGUUGUCGGAAAACUAUUCGAAGCAUUUGCCUUUUGAAAAGAAACGUGAAUCCGAAUUAUUGAUGAGUGACGUGCUCAACGAGGGCAUGACCGACUGCCACGAAGAUGAGAAUUUCAGCGUACAGUUAAAUCGGAUCCUCUCAAAAAUCGGUCUUCCUUACAACGGGUCGAAUCUGAUCGAUUGUGAAGGGCGUUGUCGAACACGAUCACGAGUUGCGUCAAUGGAUGCACAGAAAGCAUUCAAUGAUUAUCUUGGUUUGUCGUCCGUUCGACUCGCUUAUUUGAAUUACAUUAGUCCAAUUCAAGAAUAAAUAACGGCUGAAUUAACGGCGAAUAGUGUGGAGACGUUGCACAAACUAGGGCAGUUGAUGUUGAUUAGUGUGAAACGACCCUUAGAAAGACCGCUGUUGGACUUAAUCGAAGAAUACGUCACUACAAUAUUCUUGUCUGCUAACGAUGCAUUUACCUACAUCCAGCAGUCUGUUCGACUUCUAAGACCGUUAUUAAUGGUGAAAGGAAAUCGGCAAGACUGA